AUCUCGACUUAUGGCAGACCUGGGCAUGGGCAUGUCGUCGCUCUCGCCGUCGUCGCAAGACGUCCAUGGUCUGGCGCCUCCGCCGCUGGAGCGACUCGACGGACUGACUGAUGAUGAUGACAAUGAUCAUGCUGAUGCCUUUGAUGCAGAUGGCAGCUUAGGUGAUGGACGCUAUGGCGAGUAUGCUGCUGGACCGAGAAGGUCGGGAGCGCGGGCGGAAGCUGGCUGGGACAACAGUGGUGAUGAUGAUCCGCCUGUGCUGCCACCGCGGAGGCAGUAUCCCGGGUUUGAUCAUGGUGGCGAGUCUUCGGAUGGCGAUGAGGUUGGGGGUCAUUCGAUGGCGUACGGUGUGGCCGCCCCGAGGCGGCAUGCAAGAGUUGCUGAACAUGAGCUGCGGCGGGUGGUGCGGAUGCCGGCGCUGCAGCCGAGCACGCUGCCAGCGGUCGGGGCUGGCGUGCUGGUGGCGACUGUGGGCGCGACGUUUGUGCUCUCGUUUGGCUACGGUCACAGCUCGACUUCAGGUGGCCUGCCGCCGAUCUCGGCCACCGGUGUGGCGGCGCCCGAGUCGGGCAUCUUUUCGGCAGGCAUGACGGUGCUGGCGGUCCUGCUGGGCUUGGCGGCGUACGUGCUGCAUCAGUACAUUGCUGCCGCUCACGGCCAGCUCAUUGCUGCCGGGCGUGGGCUGCGACUGGUAGGCUUUUCGACGCUCACAAGCUGGAACACUUGCCUGCUCGCCGUCUCGUACGCCUCGGUCGUCUUUCUGGCAGUGCUGGGCAACGUCUCGCUCCGCGACGCGUUCUGGGUCCACCAGGCAGCCGCCGCGCUGUUCUUCUACACCGCCUUUGCGCAGGCGUGGAUCUCGACGUACCUGCUGCACAAGCUCAACCCGCGCCCGCUCCGGUCUGCGCACGCCAAGUGGUGGCUGGCGUUCAAGAAGAACAUGGUCAUUGCCAUCGGCGUCACCAUGGUACCGCUCCGCGUCGCCGGCGCCAUCGCCAUCUCGACCAUGGCCUCAAAAGCGUCACAGCAAGCCGCGCUUACCACCUUUGGCUCGCUCACCCAGUACCUUCUUGUCUCCUUGCUUGCUGCCUUUGUCUACUCGUUCCGCCACGAGUUUGCUUCAGUCUCGGCCGUCCUCACCAUCUCGACCGCAGCCUACACCGCCCCGCCGAUCUCGCCCUAG